AUGGAGCCCUUCCGAUCCCUUCCUUUCCUUCUCCUCUACGUCUCCGCCAUCGCCAUCGCCAUCGCCAUUGCCUCCGCCGACUCUUCGCACUCCCUCCUCCGCAUGCGCAUCGCUCCCGCCGGCGGCGGAGGAGCCGCCGACGGCCUCUUCUGCGACAGCUGGAGGCUCUCCGUGGAAACCAACAACGCCGGCUACUGGCGGACCAUCCCGCCCAAGUGCCUCGAGAUCGUAGCGACCUACGUGAACGGGGACCGCUACUUGUCCGACUCCGAUAUCAUCGCCGUUGACUGCUUGUCCUUCGCCGAGACUGUCCGGAUCGUGGGCGACAAGAAGGAUGUGUGGGUCUUCGACAUCGACGAGACGCUGCUUUCCAAUGUUCCCUACUAUUCCGUCCACGGAUUCGUGUAA